CAAUAAUUUACAAACUUAUCCAAGAACCCUAAUUCCUAUUCUUCUUCUUCUUCCUAAGCAUUCUCUAGUUUUAGAAAUGGAAUCACGUGCCGAUGAAUUAGCAGAUGAGAAGCAGCGUUUGUUUCUGAUGGGAUCGACAUAUGAGGAUGACAUAGUCUUAGAUGUUAUGGAACCAGGGACAAGUUUCGCUAUUGAUGAGCUUCAUAGAGUGACAAACACAGAGUCUGAAAACAACUAUGGGCGUGAAUAUGACGAAGAUGGUGAUGAAGAUGAAGACAGCGAAGAUGAAGACAGCGAGGAUGAUGAAGACGAUGAUGAUGAGGAUGAAGACGACGAUGAUGAUGAAGAUGAUGAGGAUGAGGAAGAUAAUGAUACGUCUGAAGAUGAGGAUGACUCUGACGACGAGUCUGAAAUCCAUGAUCAUGAUGGCCCAAGUGAUGAUGAUGAUGACGAUGAUGAAAAUCAACCACCCUAUAAAAGGAAUUGAUGAAGAACAUCAAUUAAUCCAUCAUGUUCAAUUCUUUUGAGACCAUUUUUUAAAAUUCCAUCAUGUUCAAUUCUUUUGAGACCAUUUUUAAAAGAUUUCUUGAUAGAGGUGUUAGAUCAAUUAGUAGAAUUUCAUGAAGAUUUUUAUGAUUUAUUUUCAUUUUUUUUAGUUCCAAAUCUUUUGUUUCUGAGAAAUACUUUAUGAACACGUUAAGUACAAGUUUUUCAUGGAAAUCUAUAUCUUUUCUAUUUGCU